AUGGCUUGUAGAUCAAAGAAAAUCUUAUCACUCAUACCUCUAUCAGAUUCUGAAGGGUCAGAUAUUGAGUCUGAUGGCGAUUUAGAAGUCAUCAACCUUGAGCAACAUUUAUUCAGGUACUUUACCAUGGAUGAUCCAUUCGUUGCGUGCCCUUAUAACUUUGCUCAUCGUGUACCUCGCUCGCGGAUUCAAGCUCAUAUUGUAAAGUGUCAGCCAAACUACCCAGAACUUGACAUAUGCCCGUACAACGCUACACAUCGGGUUCCAAAACUUGAAAUUAGAAGUCAUGUUCUAAACUGCCCAUCUAAAAAUGCUAUAUUUCCUCAAGACAAGCCUCCAAAACUAAAAGGAUCACUGACUACACCAAAACCUAUUUUACAGAAGGAUUAUUUACCAGAGACUGACCCUAAUCAUGAAAUAUGGGAUGACUGA